UUCGGCGAAGCACCCACGCCUAAAGCUUCCAUCAGACUACACAAUACCACUUGUUGCGUCAUCAAGCCUCACUGCGUGGCACACGGUAAAUUGGGACCUGUUCUCGAAGCCAAGUUCAGAAUAACUGCUCUACAAUUAUUUUAUCUCAGCAGUGCAGCUGCUGACGAGCUCUUGCAGGUUUAUAAAGGCGUAGUGGAGGAUUAUCACGCUCUGUUAUUGAGUUUCGUGGAUGGACCUUGCGUGGCGUUGGAGGUGGCAGGUCAAACGGAUGACGUGGAUGCUCACGGGGAUUUCAGGAAGAUUUGUGGUCCUUCUGAUCCGGAUAUAGCCAGGCAGAUCAGGCCGGGAACUUUGAGAGCUAGGUUUGGCUGUGACAAGUAUAGAAACGCGGUUCAUUGUACGGACUUAAAUGAAGACACCGCUUUGGAGGUUGAGUAUUUUUUUAAGAUAUUAGAUAGGUGAUAUGGAAAUUGGUAUAGUGGAAUAAACAUUUACAAUAA